AAGUUGAAAAUGGAUCCAGACGAAAAAAGAGCGUUGAGGGAUUAUUUCUACAACAAAUUCAAAAUUCCUGGCAUCGUAGGAUGUAUCGAUGGGACGCAUAUUCAAAUAACUAAACCUCAUAUCAAUGAAAAUUUAUUCUUCAACAGAAAAGGAUAUUUUAGUAUGAAUGCGAUGCUUAUUUGUGACAGCAAUAUGAUAAUACGUGCGGUUGAUUCACGAUACCCCGGCGCAAGCCAUGAUUCUUUCGUAUGGAAUGUAAGCAAUGCGCGGCAAUAUUUUCUACAGGAAUACGAAAAUGGAGACCGAUCAUCAAGACUACUGGGCGAUUCCGGAUAUGGUAUAGAACCAUUUAUGUUAACACCCUAUCGGGAUCCCCAAUAUGCAUCUCAACAAUAUAAAUUUAAUAACGCGCAUUCCUCAGCCCGCAACAUAAUAGAACGAACUAUAGGAGUUUUAAAGAGCCGAUUUCGUUGCUUGCAAAGGACUUUACACUAUCAACCUAAGAAGGUAGUUAAAAUUGUAAAUGUCUGUUGCGCGCUGCAUAACAUCUGUCGACAGUAUAAUGUAGAAUGGAAUGAAAAUGCUAAUCUUACAACAUCAGAGAAUUUUCAUGAAGACACUUUUAUGCUGCAAACUAGCAAUAUGCAAAAUGAGGGCCGUAGGUUAAGGGAUGAGAUUGCUAAUAGUCUUUAAGCAAUAAUGUCAUCACCUACAAGAUUAUAGUAUACUACGGUCUAUGUUACAUGCAAACUUUGAAUUUAUUUAGGAAGAAGGGAGAAACAGAGAUAAUGCACGCGUUUUGUAUGUAAUGCAUUUUACCAAACUUGUGUAUUUAAUUUUAAAUUUACGCACGUGGUCCAAUAAACAACCUAUUGAGCAACAGUACCGCUCUAUUAAGGUCAUAUAUAAGGGGAAUUAUGAUCAGGAUGAGUAGCUGGUUAAAUAGGCAAAGAAAACAAAACAUAAGGUGCGAAUGUGUGACUAUUAUUCAAUGGAUACACUUUACAUUUGAACCGAUGAUGCAAAGACGGUCGACGAAAAAGUCUUUGCUUUGGAUUUAAAACCUGAUGAAUUUGUGACAGCCAUAGUUAAAUAACGGGUCGCUUAAGUCGGAGGUUAUGCUUUGCAGGUUGCCAAGUAAAAGGAAAUUAAUGAUGAUUAUUGAAACAUGAAGAAAGUAUGAAUAUUCCCUUUUUGCUUUGAAUAAUUCUUCUGCAGGUAUCAUCGGGGCCGUAUCUUGCUCCAGUACCAAUUUAACAACAGGCACAUAUCAAGAAUGUACUUGAGGAUUUUGUUAAAUUGGUGAUUCCGAUACGAAACUAUGGCAAGCUGGUGAAAGUGCAUACAAAAAUGCGGCAUUCAAAAGUGCGAAUAUUCAACUAACGCCAAAGCAGGUGGUCUAUGUGAGAAUGCCGAGGUUUGCACGGUUAAGUGGCACAUAAACGUUUAGAUGAAUACUAUGAGAGUUUUAAUUAAUUUACUACCGAAUUUUUUUAAGCCUGUUGGGAAAACAAUUUUUGCUUUUAUUUAGUUAGGUGUUAAUUACAAAUAAGAGUUUUACAUACAGUCACUCACACAAGUAUUCGUAAUUUAGUUUUUUUCACAAUAUUCAAAAUG